UACGUGAGAGGCUACAUCACAAAGCUUUCCGGAUUCACUGGAAUUUUUGUCGCUGCCGUGGUAAGCGCCGCCACCAGCACAAUAUCUUCGAUAAUCAACUCCCAGGCUGCCGUUCUUUACGUGGAUGUACUGUCGCCGCGCUUUGACAGCGUAAAUCUUCAUUUCAAAUGGGUUGCACGCGGUACAGCAUUCCUACUAGGCGCGACGAUGACGCUGUGCAGCUGUGCUUGUGUCUAUAUGGGAUCUAUCACAAGGAUCGUAAUGAUGGUACUAUCUGCAUCCAUGGGUCCUUUCGUGGGCUUGAUGUUACUGGCAGUUGCGUUUCCUUUCGUGCAUGCAAAGGGCGCUGGAAUUUCGACGCUGCUUCUUUUAGGGUUCCAGCUGGUGGUAAUGUGGCAAUCUAUGCAAAGCGGAGUGAAACCUUCCUUGAUGCCGGUCACACUGGAGUACUGCCAGGAAAAUAGCAGUCACGUGGAAACCACGUCAAACGUCACAACCUCGCUGUCGACACCUAGGCAACCAUUGGCGCUGUUUCGGCUUUCUUCGUUUUGGAGCUGCCUCAUCAGCACUUGUGCUACAGUGAUAUUGGGUGUCCUGAUAAGUGUGGCAACAGGGGAACACAGGAAGCGGAACGCUGACGUGAAGCACUUAAACCAGUGGUUCGUUCACUUUUGGCGAAGGCUAGGGCUUGUACACAAGAACUCUACAGUGAUUGGAGACAUGCAAAGCAACACCGACGAGACUUUCACUACCCUUCUGGACAGAAAAGGAUCUUCUAAGCAUGAAACAGCAAUGUGAAAUAUAUUGUCUGACUGAGUGCGAGUGAAUAAAGUGAA